ACUGGCAUCAGACCCGGGCAUCUGAUCGGAUGUGAUGUGCGUUAUUUCAUUAGGAUAGAGGGGUUUAUAUAUCAAGGGGUAGGGGUCAGGGGUGCCGCUGACACCGAGUUCGGCCCCCACCCCAACCCACACACCCAACCCGCUGGCCAUCUAAUAUACUGGUGGCUACUGAUGGUUGAGUGCCAAUCCUCAUCGAUGAAUGCUCCCAAGUGUUACGGCUGUCACAAAGCCAUUAAAGAGCGGUAUCUACUCAAAGCACUCGACCACCUCUGGCACGAAGAUUGUCUCAAAUGUGUUUGUUGUGACCGUCGUCUCGGAUCCACUUUUUUCACUAAAGCUGAUCUAAUACUAUGUAAACGCGAUUACUUCAGAAUGUUUGGGGCGACCGGUCUGUGUUCUGCGUGUAAUAAACACAUCCCAGGGUUUGAAAUGGUUAUGAGGGCAAGAAGAAAUGUAUAUCACCUGGAAUGUUUCAAAUGCAAAGCCUGUUCUCAUACGUUUUGUGUCGGCGAUCGCUUCUACUUAUACGACAAUAAGAUAUUGUGUGAAUACGAUUACGCGGAGCGGAUGGUAUUCACAAACCUUAAU